AUGAAUUAUAAAAUUUUGUCUGAAAUUUAUAAUAAUAAUAAUAAAUAAUAAUAAAAAAAUAGAAAAAAAAAUCAAUAAAAACAAAAAAAAAAUCAAAUCAGGCUAAUCGCCUUAAUCGGAGGGUAAUUGGAAAAGAGAGGGGUAUAAAACCCAAAAAUAAAAAUAAAAAAAGUGUUCAACCUGUCAGUUUCAUUGCUUUUACUUUUAUGACUUAUGCACCAUUACUGCUUCCAUAUGUCUCGUUAAUCUCUCAAGUUUCAACUUUCAAUAUUCACAAACAUUUGCUCCGAUGACCAAGAACAAUGGAGUAGUAUCGUCUACUUAUCAUGUAGAUCCCUCAACAUUCAACUUCAAGAACAAUAAAGAUAAGGAGACGUAGCUGAGAGUGAUGAGGGGCACAGCCGUAACCAAAGGCGGAGAAGAGGGGCUCAGGGAGGCGACGGCCUGAGAUGGAAAGAGAGGUACAGCAGCCGGAGAUGGGUAGAAGGAGGCGGUGGCUUCAGUGCGUCGGAAAACUCCAAAGAUGUAAUUUUUGUGACUUUUCUAAGAUUUUGAACUUUUGAUCUAAUCUAUCAUAAAUUUAAAAAAUUAAAUCAAAGAUUCAACAUAGUUUGAUACGUAAUAACUCAUAUCUUAUGAUUAUUAUUUAUAGAAAUUUUUUUAUUGUUUUUUAUAAUAUCAAUCCACCAUCUAUAAAUUUGGUUUCCUUUUUUUCACAUAUUUUUUGGUCAAGUAUAUGGAAUCUGUAAAGAUUAUUACAUUCUUUGUGUUGCCGUACUGAUCGAUCAGGUUAUAGGUUGUGUGGGACCUCUUGACAUAAAUAUAAUUAAAUACCUAAAACAUUGACCCUGUCAAAACUAUGCCAAUCCACCCAUUGUGAUUGUACUACAUAUUUACGUUUCCAAAGCUGGGUGUAGUACAAUCAAACCAACUAAUAAUCAUUGUCUCGUUCCUCUGUUUUCACUCAAAGUUCACAUGUCUCGUUCCCUUUUCUUCAUCUCUCUCUUCCUUUUGCUUGUUAUCUCCGCCGCUGGUCAUGGCGGCGGCGAAGACGAUGAGGACGAUGACGCCCAAAAACCCAACCUCCGAUCCAAAUCCUUGAUUCUGGUCAAGAUAUGGUGUUUAAUAAUAGUGUUCUUUGGGACUUUCAUCGGAGGAGUCUCUCCCUACUUCUUCAAAUGGAAUGAAGGAUUCUUGGUACUAGGCACCCAGUUCGCCGGCGGCGUAUUUCUUGGAACAGCCUUGAUGCAUUUCCUGAGUGAUGCCAAUGAAACGUUUGAAGAUUUAACAACAGUCGAAUACCCUUUUGCCUUUAUGUUGGCUUGUGCUGGCUAUUUGCUUACUAUGCUUGGUGAUUGCAUUAUUUCCUAUGUGUAUGGAAAAGAGAUAAAUUCUGAUGUUGAAGGUCAAGGGGACAACAGAAAUGGAAAAGACGAGAUGAAGAUUGGAAUAUCAUCGGCUUCUUCACUUGGAGACAGCAUCUUGCUGAUAAUCGCGCUGUGUUUCCAUUCAGUGUUUGAAGGCAUAGCAAUUGGGAUCGCAGAUACCAAAGCCGAUGCUUGGAAAGCUCUGUGGACGAUAUCUCUUCACAAGAUCUUUGCAGCCAUUGCAAUGGGAAUUGCUCUUUUAAGGAUGAUACCGGAUCGCCCGUUCUUCUCAUGCGCAUCUUACGCCUUCGCCUUUGGAAUUUCAAGUCCAAUUGGGGUUGCAAUUGGAAUUGUAAUAGAUGCCACCACACAGGGUCGGGUCGCAGAUUGGAUAUUUGCAGUAUCCAUGGGAAUAGCUUGUGGGGUGUUUGUAUAUGUAUCCAUUAACCAUCUGCUAAAGGGUUACAAGGCACAGAAGGUCGUGUCCGUUGACACUCCCCAUCAUAAGUUGUUGGCUGUGACGUUGGGUAUUGGGGUGAUUGCGGUUGUCAUGAUCUGGGAUACCUAAUCGAUUCAUUUCGAUUUUACUAUGUUUUUUUUGGGUUCUUUGUGUUUUAAGUUAGCAGCGUAAACAUAUACAUGGGUUUUCUGUUUUACCACUUGUUUUGGACAUUAAGAUUCAAGAGUCUAGUAUAUAUAUACGAUAGGAUGAAAUUAAAAUGCACAUGUAUUAUGUAUUGUAAUUUGUAAACAUAGAAAGAAGAAUACUUAUCAUCAGAAGAUGAAUAAGAGAUUAAUUCGUGUUUGGGGGUUUCUUCGUUUGUUUGUUCUUGUGCAUUGAAGAAGCAAACGAAGCCAGCAACAAAAAUCACAUACUUUUGCAAUGUUGUAGAUCAUGUCCAUGUUGGUUUGAAGAAAUUACAGUGUUGGUCUACAUGAAAAAGACUAUUAUAU